CAGCCCCUCCAGAAGAUGGCUGGGUGGGAUGGCCACCCACAGUGGUGACAGGAGUCUUGGCCACCACACACCUGGGCUGGCAUGACUGCCAACCACCUGAGCAUCCUCCUAGUUUGUUUUCCAUACCACAACCUGCUGAAAUCUGGAGCACAGCCACAUCUCUGCCCUGCCCACCGAGUCCCGGGGCAGUGCCAGCAUCAUCAAGUGCUUACAGAAUCCAAUGAGCCUCCUGUGGAGGGCAGGCACAGAUAGGGGGAGUGGCAGAGUGGUGGGGGGAACCUGUAGAUCGUGUCUAGAAGAAACACAUCUUAUGAAACCCUAGCUGCCCUUGGCCACCCACAGGAAGCACAGGGACACUCACUCCCAAACUGAGCGCCUUUCCUGGUGUAGCCCGCCAGGCUCUGCAACCCGCUCAGUGCCACAGCUUCUCCGGAAUCCCUGCCAACACCAGAAUGCGGGACAUGGCUCCCCAGAGAGUAGCCAUCAUUGGUGCUGGUGCCUCUGGCCUGUGUGCCCUGAAAUGCUGCCUGGAUGAGGGGCUGGAGCCCACCUGCUUUGAGAGGAGCAAGGACAUCGGGGGCCUCUGGCGCUUCGAGGAGAACCCCGAGGACGGCCGUGCCAGCAUCUACCGCUCUGUCAUCAUCAACACCUCCAAGGAGAUGAUGUGCUUCAGCGACUUCCCCAUCCCCGAGGACUUCCCCAACUACAUGCACAACUCCAAGAUCAUGGAGUACUUCCGCAUGUACGCCCAGCACUUCGACCUGCUCCGCCACAUCCGCUUCAGGACCAGCGUGUGCCGCGUGUCCAAGCGCCCUGACUUUGCCACCACGGGCCAGUGGGAGGUGGUGACGGAGAGCGAGGGGAAGCAGGAGGCAGCUGUCUUCGACGCCGUGCUGGUGUGCAGCGGGCACCACACCGAUGCACAUCUCCCACUGAACACCUUCCCAGUGGACGAGCUCGCCUGCCAGCUGGGAGUCAAGCCCAACCUGCUCACCCUCUUCCUCACGGACCCCAGGCUGGCUCUGGAGGUGGCCUUCGGUCCCUGCACGCCGUACCAGUACCGGCUGCGGGGCCCGGGUGCGUGGGCGGGUGCCAGGAAGGCCAUCCUGACCCAGCGGCAGCGUGUGGUCAGAGCCCUGCAGCCCCCAGGCAGGGCCCGCCCCAGCGCCCUGCCCCGCAUCCUCAAGGUCCUCUUCAGCAUCCUCGCCGUGAUUGCGGCCAUCCUUGUCUACCGCUCGCGCUCUCCUUAGCCUAAAAUGAAGGAGACAGCGGGUCCUCCCGGCAAUCUUUUCCUUUGGGCUUGUGUCUGUUGCUCCUUGCUAGGUGUGCCGCCACGCCCGGAGGCACGGAGGGAGUCCUUCCUUGAAGGUGCAGCCGGGUCUGUCCCGCCUUCCUGCUGUGCCAGAUACGCAACUCCUGGUCACGGGCUGCUCUGAGGACGGGGGUCACUUCCCUCCCCUAAAUCCUGGCCCGGCAGCACCACAAGCUCUCUCUGUCUAUGGGUUAAGUCACACUGAGGUGGUGGGGAAACUGGGAACGCGUCUCAGGAAAAGGACAAUAAAGCUUGUCUCCGUGCCGAGGGGACCACGGGCCACACUGCUUGGCUGUCUCAGUCUGUGGGGCCUAUCCUGAGUCGUCUGCCCAGCCUACGGGCAGCACCCUGCCCGCUUGCUGCCCGCAGCCCCCCAAACAUCCCCGGCACCGCCCUGCCCUCAGCAGACAUGGCCGCCGGCGGGGGUGAAGCCGUGCGACCCCCCGCGCGCCAUUA